AAUUUAAUAUUUCCCAAUAGUAGGGCCUUCAGGUGCCAUCCGUAAAGCAAAACGAGUAAGUGAUGUAGCUGCCAUGGGUACUCCAGCACCUAACCCUGCAUUUAGUCCCACUGCAUAUAGCCCUGGGUAUGCACCUACAGGACCUCCUCCGCCUUACCAGGAAAGCUUCCAAUUAGAUGCCAAUCAAGAUUUUAAUACACAUGCUCCUGCAGGUAAUUUUGGAUUUGCUGGGGGAUUUCCUUCUCCAAUGACUUCCCCGGCGCAAAUAAGCUCUAUGCUGCAACAACCUGUAGUCCAGGACAUGGCUAUUCAAUACGGCAACCAGCUCGCGGCUCAAGGCAAGGAGGCUGUGCAACGAGAAUUGCACAAGUUUGUGCCAGUCUCGAGGCUGCGGUACUAUUUUGCGGUCGAUACAAGAUAUGUUAUAAGGAAACUAAUGCUCAUAGUCUUCCCCUAUACUCAUAAGGAGUGGAUGGUGAAAUACGAUCAAGACACUCCGGUGCAGCCCCGGUACGACAUCAACGCCCCGGACCUGUACAUACCCUCCAUGGGGUACGUCACGUACGUGCUGCUGGCCGGCUUCAUGUUAGGUCUUCAGCACAGAUUCUCACCGGAACAAAUAGGCAUCCAGGCGUCCAGCGCCCUGGCCUACAUCAUCUUCGAGAUGCUGCUGUACCUCGUCACGCUGUACGUCACCAACACCAGCACCAGCCUCAAGACCCUGGACCUGCUGGCGUACUCCGGCUACAAGUACACCGUGAUGAUCUCCAGCCUGCUGGCCGGCCUGCUCGCGGGCAGGACGGGCUACUACUGCGGUCUGCUCUACAGCAGCUGCGCUUUAUCUUACUUUUUGGUGAAGACGCUUCGUCUCCAGUUGCUGUCGGGGUCUCAGGGUCCGGAGCAGCCCUCGUACGGGUUCCCCAACCCUCCCUACGCCGCCAACCCUUACUCCGACGCCUGGGACAAACCAACACCAGGAGGCACCAAGCGAAGGGUCUACUUCUUGCUGUUCGUGGCGAUAACACAGCCGCUGCUGUGCUGGUGGCUGACUUACCAUCUCGUGGCAUCGCCGCCUGGCGAGGGCGCGGGCCCGGCGCGAUAGCGGGUGCUCCGGGGUGAGCUCGCUCGUAAGGACCGACCGUGUUGCGGAAGUCGCGCUUCUCCUUUGAAUGAUGACACGGAACAAAAUACACAAUAUUUUUAUAAAUUGCGAGUUCUUAAUUACGUAAGAAUAAUGGAGUUCUAAAGUCAGUCCGCGAGCUGCGGUAAGUGGGCGUCCGCUCCGCUCCCGACGGUAAUAACAAAAGAUCUAGAGUUUAUACUUUGUAUUUUAUAAACUAUUGUCGAUGUAAACUAUAUCACAUUUAUUAUUUUUGUUUAAUUUGAAUCAACCUUUUACUUAUAAUUUUUUUAAAUAAAUUUGACUAAUCUACUAUUUUAAGCUACAAUGGGUCAAGUUUACUUAAAAACAAACAAAGAUUGAAAAAAAAAUCUGUUUAUAAUUACAUUUACUAUGAGUUUGUUUUACAAAAUAUUAAUUAAGGCUGUCCGCGCCGGCCGACAGGUAGCGCUGUCGCGGUUGUCCUUAAUCAAAUAAUGAAUCUAAAUUCGAACUGCAGACUUGAAUUUGUUAAUACGAAGAAAUACUUUUAUAAA